UUCAUAAACUUUGAAAAUGGAUAAUGAUAGGAGUAAAACUAACGUUACUAGUAAUAGUACUACGUCUACGUUACCUUCUGAUAGUGAUAGUACUAACAGUGACAGUGAAGAUAAAGAAGUAGGCCCAGGCCAACUGAAAAAAGUCUUAAUAAGUCCAAGUUCUCUCUCUAUCGAUUAUCCUACAAAAAGAAAAGGUGCUGCAAAAGAAAUAUUAAGACAAGAUAUCCAAAAUCUUCUUAGUAAGAGGAGCGAACUAAGACCGCGUGAACGCGAAAUGUCAUUGCGAACGAGAAAACUUUCAAUUGAUGUGCUGGAUAAACUCAGUAGGCGUUUAGAAGUAACCAAAGAGUUGGAAAUUGCCACUAGAGAAGACGACGAUAUUCAUAUACGUGAAAUGAAGAAAAAUAUUCUUAGUGAAUCGAGCCAGUUACGUUGCGUCUUGCUUGAAAUUGAAAGCUCAAAGAUUUUUAGUGGGAUCAUUUUUUCAGUUAUUUUGUUAAAUACUGCAUUAUUGAUGGCGCAGACAUUCGAAGUUGCUGAAGUUCGUGCAGGGUUCUAUUUGAAUGUCUUGGAUAGCAUGUUCUUAGCAUUUUACAUAAUUGAAAUGAUUCUCAAGAUAUUUGUUUGGAGAAAAUUCUACUUCCAUAGUGGGUGGAAUUUGUUGGAUUUUGUUAUUGUAAUGCUGAGUGUAUUUGAGUUGGUAUUGCCUUUGAUGCUGGAGAGUGUGGGAAACUUCCAAGCUGCUUCAAUUUUCCGAGUCCUACGAAUCUUCAGGACUAUCCGAGCCUUACGUGCUCUGAGGGUGCUUCGAACUAUCAGGUUUCUGAAAAGUCUACAAAUUAUCAUAAACACAUUAUUUCAAUCAAUUCAGUCAAUGGGUGCUAUUGGAACCUUGAUGGCCUUGUUUAUGUAUGUCUUUGCAGUAAUAGGUAGAGGUCUUUAUCAUGAAGUCAACAAUGAAAAGUUUGGGGACCUUGGUAAAUCUAUUUUUACCCUUUACCAACUUUUGACUUUAGAUGAUUGGUUUAUGAUUUAUAAAGACACUCUUAAAGAGAACAAAUCAUACUGGCACAUCCUUAUCUUCCUAAUUGUCUACAUUGUGGUGGAGUAUUUCAUCUUCUUGAACUUGUUUGUAGCGGUAUUAGUGGAUAAUUUUCAACUGACGUUGGAAAAAUCUGCUUUAGAAGAUCACGAUAAUGAUUUUCAGGAUGAAAACCUAUUUUACAAGGAAGAAGAAAAAGAAGAAGAGAAGCAUAGUCGAGCUUCAACACCUCGUCUACUAAGGAAUAAAACUGUAGAAGAAAUAUAUCCAGACUUUCCACCAGAAGAACAACAACGACUUUCCCACUUUUUGAAUGCAUUAGUUGCAUUAGAAUAUAACAUAGAACUACAUAACAGUGAACAAAGAACUGUGGAUUCCUUGAUAAAGCUCUGUGGAUACUUGAAUGAAGAUAUUUAUAACUGAGAUUGACCAAAAGUUCUGCAGUGUCUACAAUACAAGAUCAUUUCUAUAAAAGUCAGAUUAUUCAUGGUUCUAAAUUGUUUGUGCACAACAAAAUAAAGUUUAUAAAAGUGAGAUUGGUUACAGUGUGGCAGUAUCUACAUAGAAUGAAAUAAGUCGUAUAAAAGUGAGAUGUUUCCAGGGUUCUGCAGUAUCUACACAUAGUGAAAUAAGUUCUAUAAGAUUGAGAUUAUUCAAAAUUCUCAAAUGUAUACAUAAUAUAAUAAGUUUUAUGUGACUAAGUUCUCUGAAAUGGAGAUUAGUUCAGAAUUCUUGAAAGUUUAUAUUAUAUAUUAAGUCUUAUAUGAUUGUAAGUUCUAUAAAACUGAGAGCAGUCAGAGUUGUGGAAUGUUUACAUAUUAAGUUUUACCUGACUAAAGAAUAACUUAUCUGUUUUUUGACAAAACAAAAGCUUCAAAUUACAUAAUAAUAUAACUUACAGUACAUGUUACAAAGUCGACUUUAACUAACAACAGAUCACGAGACACUUGAUGCAUUAAAUAAUUGUUAUGAGAGAUAUAUUUCUAUGUAUACAUCCACUAUAUAUAUUACACUUACAUUAGUGGCCACCACCAUAUACACCUUAUGGGGAGGUGCAAUGAUUCUGAACGUAAACGAGGAAUUUUCGGGACUUUCCCUGGUAGGGGUUAAAUGGGUUGUUUAGAUUUGUUAUAAUGUUUGCCAGAUGUUGUUGUUAUUGCUUUUUUUUUAAUAUAAUAUGAAAUUUCACUACAUUCUUCCCUCCUCAAAGAUCCAAUCUUUGCAAUUAUUUUGAUUUUAUUUUCAAAAGGGGAAGGGGGCUAGGCCUGUAUCCACCCUUGCCUUAUAAAGAAGUUGAGUACAUUACAUAAAAAUGGUUUUGGAGCUUCUCCUGGUCAUUACACUUUGGCAAAACCCUAUCUAAUGGCCAAGCAUUUUGACAAUAACCCUGCAGCAAAGUUCCCAUUCCAAAAGACUUCAUCGUAAGGCUGUCAUGUCCAAAGCAUAUAACUCAUCCGUAUAUAUUUUCUGUAAUUCAUUUAGUGUAAGAGGAUGACAAUUUCCCAAUGUCUGGUUUAACAGUCUGAUUGUAGAUGCUGUAGCUGGUGACUUGAACAGUAUAUCUUUGUAGUGAAUAACAUGAAUAUUCAUUUGAUUUUCCAGCUGUUUGAGUUAUGCCAUGGUUAAAUAGUUUUUUCAUGGAAGCAAUUUGCUUAUACAUGACUUGUGUCAUUUGUCCAGGCACUGAUACCUCUUGACUAUGUUGCAUACUGUUUUUUGGGACAUUUAAGACAGCUUCUUCCACAGAACUUUGUUUUCUUUUAAUCUCAUCUGUUGCAAGAUUCCACACUUAGAUUAUCAUGACUAGGAUAUCACUUGUAUCAGGUUUCUUUAUGGAUGAUCCUGGGUCCCCAAAUUGAUCUAUACUACUUUGUUUUUCAAUACAUUAAUACAAGAGAUAACCCCAUCUUGGAAAUUCUAAAUGCCCAAUCUUAACAGAUCUUUACGAUGAAAGUAUAUUAAUAUUUUGCAUCAGAAGACCCAUUAAAGACCCUUUCCAAAAGUGAUCAGUGUUUGGUGCCAUUAUACUACCUACAAAACAUCAAUCAUGGUAAAAAUGUAGUUAUGAUACAUGGUAGUUAUUUCUACCAUGUGACUUUAUAUUGGCUAAGGUUGUCAUUGUGACUUUCUAAUUUGCCUAUUCAAAAUUGUUUUGAUAUAAUGUAUUCAACCCUCUGUAUAGAUAAUUAGGUAAAGUAGUAAAUAAAAUCAAAAAAUGAUCUAUACAUAUGGUAAAACUUCUACACUAAACUUAACAAGGAAACCAAUGGGGUGUUUCCUGAAGAAUGGAAUAUUGCUUAUGUGGUUCUCAUUUUGAAACUGAAGUGGGUUGAAGGAGAAUUUCAAAAGCUAUAAUCCUAUUGUUUUCACUGGAUGUUGAAAUGUAAUGUCAUAAAUUAUUUUGUAAAACAAUGUAGAAAAAUAGUGUUUAAUACACAGUUUUCAAUGUGAGUUUUGAACAUGAGUUUUUAUUGUUUCAGCUUUUUCUUAUGAAUAUUUCUUCUGAUGCAGUGUACUGUUAUUUUCAGAUUUUAUGACAAAGUUCAACACAAAUUGCUAGUAAGCUUAUUAUGGCAUUGGUAAAUUUUUCUUAAGUGGGUACAGAAUUGACAUUUUGUUUGUAAGCAAGGACUUGUGGUAAAUCAACUUUAUUCUGAUUUUAAAAAUACCACAUAUGAGGGGUCUCUUUGUUGAUGAUUUGGAUAACCAAACUAGCAUUAUCUUCCUUUGCUGAUGAAAGCCAAUAGCUUAAAAUGUCUUAUUCUGAAUACAGAUGUAAUUCUAGCUGAAAAAGCAGGAUAGUACUAGAGUAGUAAAAUUUGGAAAGUGUUUUUAUCUGAAAAAUGUCACAGAGAAAAGAAAAAUGUUGAUUAAAGCUUAUAACCUUUUAUCAGAGUGAUGAGAAGAGUUAAUAGAUUUCUGAGAUCUAUUUGUAGGAAAUAUGAACUUCCAAAGUAAGAAUAUCCAUGUUUCUCAGUGACAGGAGAGGAGGUGAUCUUGAUAGGUUCAAUGAAUUUGCUCAUUCUGGUAUAAUGAGGCUUACACAAAAAGUCACAUCAUAUUUUAAGCCAAAAAGUUUAGAAAAUUUAUGAAAAGUAAUGUCAUACUUUAAACAUAAAAGUUUAAAAACUUCCACAGAAAAUA